AAAUGGCAGACAAAAAUAAGCAGAAAAUUGAAAAAGUCGACACUUCGGACGGGUCGGGUGAUAACGAAAAUCAGGUGGAACUAACUACCUCAGUGCAUCAAAUCAAAGAUGUGCCCAUCGAAAAAUUCACAAAAGACGGAAUGGCAUUGAUCGUCGACGCAACCAAAUCCACAAAUGCAUUCCCAUCGAAUGCAUCACGGAACCUGUACUCGGCAUAUCCCGCAUUCAAUAAAGCCGUUCAACGACAUUCGGAUCACAUUUUGUCGAUAAUCUCAAAAGUGGUGAAAUUGCAGCAUAUUAAGGGCAAUAUUCAACGGCGUGAUAAUGAUGAGAAAAUGGAACUGCUGCAAGAAUGCAAUGAUGUGAUGUUGGAGCGAAUCAAUUCGAACUUGGAUUUUUUGGCUGGAAUUCGUCAGAAUAUCGAACCGAUACUGGUUGAAACGGAAAUUAGCACGGCACCAUCGACACCGAAGCAAAAUGCCGGCGCCAGUAGUGGUGGUAGUUGGAAUGAGAAUCGAAAAACACCGAGCUCAGCACAAGGCAUUACUGCCAAAUUGCUGACCGCACGAAAUAUCAUCCGUCCGCAGAUUAAUUUUAAAACACCUGUCGAUAACAGUGUAAACACACCAUUUAUACCUCAGUUGAAGUAUAAGCCACAUUCACUGAAACCAUUGGCUAUUUUGCCAGAAUAUGACGAUGAUGGAAACGUCGAAAGUUAUUUGCAUCCAUACGAAUUUGAGUUGAGCAAAUUCACACCGAAUCAGUGGCAACUAGCAAAAGGAGCCGUCACAGAGCCGAAAGAAUUGUCGAAAACGGUUUUAAUGUAUGUCGAAAAGGAAAGUGAUUUGAAUGUUAUGGUGAAAGAAUUGCAAGAGGCAAAAGAGAUCGCAAUCGAUGUAGAGCACCAUUCAUACCGAACAUUUCAGGGGAUAACUUGUUUGCUGCAAUUAUCUACCCGCACAAAAGACUAUAUUGUUGACACGUUGGCUCUGCGCGAAGAGCUGCACCUUCUUAACGAGGUAACUGCCAAUCCGAAGAUUGUGAAAGUGUUCCAUGGUGCCGAUAGUGACGUGGAAUGGUUACAACGCGAUUUAUCCAUUUAUAUUGUGAAUAUGUUUGAUACUCAUCAAGCAUCAAAGCGUCUCGGCUUCGCACGACUCUCGUUGGCAUUUUUACUCAAGCAUUAUUGCCAGAUCGAUGCGGAUAAAUCACUUCAAUUGGCUGAUUGAAGAAUGCGACCAUUGCCAGCCGAACUGAUCGCAUACGCACAACAAGAUACACACUAUCUGCUGUAUAUUUACGAUUUGCUCCGUAAUGAAUUGAUUGCCAAAGCAAACGGCAAAACCAAUUUGCUAUUGACGGUUUACAAAGCCAGCACAGACAUUUGUAUGAAGCGUUACAUAAAGGUUACGAUAAAACCCGAUUCACACUUGGAAAUGUACCGAAAAUCGAAACGCAUUUUCGACAACCGGCAAUUCUUUGCGCUGAAAGAAGUGUACAAAUGGCGAGACUCUAUUGCACGAAUGGAGGAUGAGAGUUAUGCGUAUGUUCUGCCAAAUCACAUGAUGUUGCAAAUCGCUGAGAAUCUACCGAGAGAAAUGCAAGGGAUUUUGGCAUGUUGCAACCCAAUUCCACCGUUGGUCAGACAACAUUUGCACGUUUUGCAUCGAUUCAUUUUACAAGCACGUGAACAAC